AUGGCUGGGGAAAUUGUUUAUGCUGAUUUACGGCAUCCUGGGGACAGUUCUUCUGCUGAGAAGCAUCAUACACCUGCCUUCUGUCCAUGGUGGCACAGGCUCCUUCUCAUAGCCAGCGGGCUGGGGCAACUCAUCCUGCUGGUCCUGGUGGUGGUGCUGAGUGUGCAGGUUUUUCAGGGGUCCCCACAGCCAGUGGUGAGAAGCGCUCCACAGCUAGGCAGUGGGAUCCAGGGAAGGAACCAAGUGGAGCAGUGCAUGUUUUCAUCCCUGGUGCGGUAUUUCUGCAAGCCCCAAGGGGACAACCCCACAGCCUAUGCUGGCUGCAAGCUGUGUCCCCAGGACUGGCAGCUUCAUGGGGAAAGAUGCUACUGGCUUUCUGAGGAACUGGGAAACUGGACUCAAGGCAUGAAAAGCUGUGAGAACCAGGACUCCCAGUUGGUGGUGCUCCAGCAUAAGAAAGAAAAGGAGCACAUCAAGACUGUUACAGGCAAGAGCCCACCACCAGUGUGGAUUGGAUUAAGGUCACAUCAGAAGGUGUGGAGAUGGGUAGACAACACACCUUUCAACCCCAAAAUGCUUGGCACCUCUCUGCAUGAGAUGGAUGAAGGGUGUGGAACACUGAGAGCCAAGGACUUUGAAGUUAAAAGAUGUGACGCUGAACACAAGUGGGUUUGCAAAAAAAAGCCUUUCCUUCUCUGCUCUGUGACAGCAGAAGAUGGAGAGAAAAACGAUGCCUCCAUCUGA